AUGCUCUCCUUCGGCACCAAUGGUAUCCGUUGGAAUUUUGCCUUCCCAAGAGUGAAAAUAUCAUCACGGCACCAGCACGAGUCUGCUGCUGUCCCUCCAUCGACCUUUGCAAAAACCCGGCUGAUGGGUCCCCAUCUCCCGAUGCACGCACAUCUCCGCUCCAACUACUGCACAGUAGGAUGUACAGUACGGACGUACAGACUUAUCAAGCACAAUGGUCGAUCAGAACAAGCAAUUUUAGUGGCUUGGGCCCGAUGCUUGUGUGCCUGCUUGCCCGACGCCACCAGCCGUGGCGGGCUCCGGCGGCUUGGCACCGCUAGCAUCGAGCGGGCAGCGAAGAAUUUUUUUGCCUUCAGCUGGCAGCAGGUUUUUCCAGCCGAUGAUCUCUCACCUGAAGUUGGCGCGGUGCGCUGGUGCUUACCAAGCGCUGAGGAGAGAGAAAGAGAAAAGGAAGGCCUGCUAAUCCCACCUAGCGAGGUGACAUUCGAUCCACAUACGGAGUACCGUCGACCACGGUCUCCAAAAAGGAAGGAAAAGGAACAAAAAGAAAAGGAAAAGGAAAAGGUUCAAAAACAAAUUUGCUCCGUGGUGGCCACCCGUGUGUGCAAUGUGCGUGCUGUGGAAUAUUCGGUGAAGCUUCUACGCAGCACGCUAAUCCCUUCGAUGUCACCUUGCGGAUCGUCGGGCGCCAGGUGA